AUGCGUGCUAUGCGGGGCGCACGAGCGCCGUCACCGGUAAGGACACGUCAUUCCGAGAUGGAGCCGGAUGCAAGCGAGGGCAUCGAAGAGCAUCAUGAAGAGGAUGAGCGGCGAGGAGCAGCCGUACCGGAUGCGGAUGACGAUGGGAGCGAUGUUAGCAGCGUGGACGAAGGGUUUGAUACGUUGACGGAGAUGUACAUAUUCUUCCGGGACGCGGACCUAUCAAGAAGAGAGGUUAACAGGCUACUCACCAUUUUUAGCAACCCACGGUUUUCGGUGAGGGACGUCAGGAGAUGGCUGAACUAUGUGGACGUGAGGCGCUUUGGGAAGGCUAUGGCGCCGCCUGACCUCGUGCCGUGGUUGAAGACGGAGAUAAAGUGCUAUGGACCCGGAGGAAAGAUGGCGAGACUGCCGCUGCACUACCGGAACACGGGACUGUGUUUCCUGGAGAGGUGGAAUUUCGCGGACACGGAGUGGGGGAAUGUCUUCCUGGCAUGCGUCGCGGACAUAUUGCACGUGCUGGACGGCGGGAUGUUGGGGCACCUCACGGACAUAUUCAUCAAGGGGAAAAGCAAGCCGGAGAGGCGGGAGUUUGAAAGGACACGGGCGAACUAUGCGGCGUUCGAGACCCGAGGGAUGAUGCAAGUGAUGCCCAUUCUCAUCGCGGACAGCAUGGACGGCUGCAAGCCGAAGGACGUGGAGCAGCGGACGAAGGAGGUACGGGCGUUCAGGAAGUACGCAAUGUUCUACAAGGCACUGGUGGGCGUCGCAAAGCACACGGAGCAGACGCUGCGUCAUGUCCGCACGGCUGCCUACGCGAUGAUGGACGCUAUCGGGGAUGCUUUUCCGGAUCAGAAGUCGUCGUGGAACUUUCCGAAGGUGCACCAGAUUGUGCACCUUAUUGAUGCCAUUCCCCUCCGGGGGAUGCCGUGGGAGUACUCCACCAACCUCUGGGAGCACACGCACAAGGGAACGGUGAAGGUCCCGGCCGUUCGGCUUCAAGGGCACAUUCUGACGCGGCGGUCGCGAUGUGCCAAUGUGCGGAACGAAGAGGACCCCGUGCUGUGGGUGUAUCAUGAGGCUUUUGGUUCGGACAUGGAUGGGCUUGGAAGAUGUCUCAUUGAUGCCGGGGUGAACGCCCCGGACAUCAAGGUGCACACGGCGCUGGCGAUUCCGAGAACACGUGGAGGGGAGCUGGUGGCCAAGGGCACAUUUGUGAAGGCCAGCCCAUCUGAGAAGUGGUUCUCAGAUGUGGCAGUGAAGGCUGAGAAGAAGGAGAAGGAGAAGGAGAAUGAGUGGUACGCAAGGUGCUUGUGCGUGUUCCGUGCGAAGAACGCAGAAGGAGAGGAAGGGGCGUACGUGUACGUCAAGUAUUAUGAGGCGGCGGGCCUAUGCCCAGUCACUACAUGUGUGCAGCUGACGCCUGGGAGGGUGGACACCCGGUACGCUGUGGUGGACGUGGAGUGCAUCAAGCGGGUGGUGCACGUGUGCAAGUCUUACGUCAACAAGAAGGUGCUGCUGCUGAACAAGUUCCUGUUGUGCGAGUAG